UUGCUGCAGGCAGGAGCGAAUGUAAAUUAUGUCGACGAUGAGACUGGUGGUUCCCAGCCGAUCCACUUUGCCAGCAUGGUAGAUCGGCAAGACAUCCUCGAGUAUCUCCUUAUGAAUGGAGCAGAUGUGAAUGCAAGCACGUUCUACAAGGUUUCCCCCCUUCACUUCGCUGCCAACAGCGGACAGGUCCUCAACUGUGAAUCGCUUGUGAGGUUCGGCGGGCACAUCAAUGCAGUUUGCGAUCAUGGCAGGACCCCUCUGCACGAGGCUGCUUUCCAAGGGUACAAUUACACUUGUGCGAAGCUGCUGCAGUUGGGAGCGGACCCCUGGAUACGUAGUAUCCAGAAUGACACCGCGCUCAACUUCGCCGAGCGACGGUUUCAAUGUGAGACUUCCAUGCUACUG